UUGCUUGUGUUGUUCUUACUCUCUGAUGUACGUCGCUUUGGAGAAAAGAGUCUGCUCAGUGAAUUGUAGAAUUGGAUUAUCUAUAUCUGAAUUUACAUCAGACAGAGAAGCAGGCAUUAUUAACAUUAGGGAAUUCUGUUUUCUGUCUUUGAUGAGGCCGAUUGAGAUGCAGCCGUCUGCUUUUUGUGUACUUAAAUUUGUCUCUGACAACCUUCCUUUUUGUCACCCCUCUCUCUAAGCAGAUUAGCCACAAGUAAUUUGUCAAAAGUGGUAAGGUAGUGGUUGGUUCAAUUAAGAAAGCAUCACAUAAGCUGGGAUUUGGUGGGUAUAAAAGGUCAACAGCGAAUGCAGAGCUGCUGCUGCUCCGUCACACAAUGGGUCAAGCUGCUACAUUACCUUGUAGGAAAGGGGAGUCUUACGUUACAGAGCUGUACGAAUGGUUCAGAAAGUUUAUUAUUGAAUGUCCAAGUGGGCUGAUCACUCUUCAUGAGUUUCAAAGGCAUUUCUGCAAUGGCACUGUCGGCAGUGAGUCAGCUGAGUAUGCAGAGCAGUUAUUUCGCACACUGGACAAUAAUGGGGACGGGAUGGUUGAUUUCAGAGAGUAUGUCAUGGCCAUCAGCAUGCUUAUCGAAGGUUCAGCUGUGGAAAAGCUUCAAUGGUCGUUUAAGCUCUAUGACAAAGACGGGGACGGCGCCAUUACAAGAGAGGAAAUGCUGGACAUCAUGCAGGCUGUUUAUAAGAUGAGUGUUGCAGCAGCAUUAACUGAACCCAACCCGCUGACCGCUGAAGAAUGUACCAACAGGAUAUUUAUGCGACUAGAUAAAGACAAUAAUGCCAUUAUCAGUCUGGACGAGUUCAUAGAGGGAGCGCUGGAUGACGAUUGGAUCAGGGAGAUGCUGGAAUGUGACCCCAGCACCGUGAAGGUUGAGAGGCCUCUGAGGAUGGACACAGCUUUGGGGACCCAUGGUUGACCCGAAAGUUUUGUGUUCAAAUGGGAGCUGCAAGGAAGGAACCGGUCGAAGUUUGGACUGAUAUUUUCAGGAAUUGCUGCAGCAACAGAUCUUCCAAAUAAGUGUACGGCCUAAUGGGUUACCCCAAAGUACAGGCUAUUCACUGGAGAGCACUUCUUAUUUAAGGCACUUUUUAAAUUGAAUUUGCACUUCUAUAAUAAGGAACUCAUUUAUGUGUUUUACCCUGUUUUGUUAUUUUGUUGGUGUCGCUGCAUUGGUUGAAGUAGUUUAUAUUUUUGUCUAUCUGCAUAUCUUUGAGUAAUAAAUCA